AUGUCCGUCAAGCUUUUUGUCGGUGGUUUGUCUUGGGGUACUGAUGACCGUUCUCUAAGGCAAAGAUUUGAAGAAUAUGGCACCGUCGAAGACGCUGUUGUUAUCCGUGAUCGUGAUACUGCGAACAAGAGUUUAGUUGAGCACCUUGUCAAUUUCGCGAGACUUUUCAAAACAUUUUUUUUGUUUUGUCUGGGUUAA